UAUAGUUAAGUGAAUUUUCAGUGAUGUAGUUUUAUAGUUUGGAUAUAUUAAAUGCCUGUGUUUCCGCAAGCGGUGAUGUGGUCGCGCAAGCAAUCAGUGUGUAGCGCGGUGAGUGGCGCGUCGAAGGGCGAAGAUGAUCCACUCAGCGGCGGCCUGCAGCUCUAUCCCUUCGCCAUUGCUCUGCGGGUGCGGGUACUGCAGAUCGUGUGCGGUAUCGGCGGAAUAGUGGUGGGAGCAGUAGGCUGGUUGGAGGAGAGACAGCAGGUCGAGCUCGGGCUCGGUGUACCGGCGGGGGGCAUCACAGUGCUGGCGGCAGCAACUUCAGUGUACUACAGCCGCGGUUUUGGCGGCUGGCCUUAUUCGCGGGCGGGCGCGCCGCGCGCGUGGGGCACCCCGUGGCGCGCGCUGGGACCCUCGCCCUGCGCUGCCGUGCCUCUUACGCUGUUGUGGACGGCAGCUCUAGCAGCACACAUUGCCAUGCUGGCCUUCUGUAUCAGAUCGCUCUUGAAUAUCGGAUGCGGCAGCAGUACGUGUAUAGGCGUGGCGGGCGCGCAGUUGUCCGUGUCAAUGUCGACGCUAGCGGCUGCUGUCUUUAUGCUACAACUCGACCUGCGGUACGACGCGUCGCUGUCCCCGCCGCCGCGCCACUCCGACAUGCACACCUGCACUGCUGUGUCUAUGGUGCCGCUGACGUCGGUGGCGGUGCACAGCGGGAACAGCGGCGACAUGGACGGCAGCCCGCACGAGAAGUCCAAGGAGGCCCCUUCGCCGCUGGAACCGACCUGAUGCAGUAGUGCCUAAAGCCAUUCCACACGCGUGAUUGUACAUCGGAUUUCUUACUGCAGAUAAAUCUAAUGAAUCGAGUUAAUGUGUCAAGAAUAUGUCGGUCGAAGAAAAACUCGCAGCGCCAUUUCCUAACGCUCAUGUAGUGUGUGCUGGCUGUUAAUUCUUAAGUAUUCCGCUAGCUCGGGCAAGUCAAUUACUGGGCGAACCAAUAACGUGAUCUCAAGAUCCGAAACAACUCUGCUUAAUUAGAGACCAUUCUUAUACUGGUUGGUCUA